UAAAAAUGAAUUCUUCAUUUUGCAAAUCAGAGACGGUAAUACUACAAAUUAUUGUCUAAAAAAGGUUCAUGGUUUGCGUUUUGAACAAUAUAUCUGCUGACUUUAUGUUCAAAUAUUUAUUCUCUCGUUGCUAAAAAACUGAAACAAAAUUAUUUGGUUUAUAAUUUUGCAUUAAUUGUUUGUUACCACACAGUUUGAAUAACUAUGGCCACAGGUGGUGAUCAAUUUGAUUGUCCUAUUUGUCUAGAAACAUUGGUGAACCCUCGCAUUUUGUCUUCAUGUGGACACUCGUACUGCUCUUCUCCAAAAAACUGUCUCCAGGGGAUUAUACAGUCUAAAUCUAGACAAUGCCCCGAGUGCAGGACUCCCAUUGAGGACAGAAUUCGAAAUGAGAAACAUUGUGUGGAGAAUUUUACGCUGAAGUCUGCAAUUGCGUCUGCCCGAUCUCAAACCAGUGAAGCCGGUAAAGAGAUGUGCCGAACUCAUAAAAAAGCAAAAGAGUAUUUCUGUCGAAACGAGAGUUGUGAAAUAUCUAUUUGCAAGGAUUGCUGGAGAGCUAGUCAUGGAGAUCAUCUUGUUGUACUGAAAGAAGAGAUUGAUCUAAAGCAAGCCACUGAGAUAGCUGAGAAAGCUGAGAAAGCUCUGCAACUCUUUGAGGGCUGUCAAAACACGAUUAGACAGCUCACAGAUCAAACUGUUGAUCUAAAUGCCGAAAUGUUGACAAUAACGGACAAAUCAAAUGCGCUGAUGAGCAGGAAACCUGAUAUCAAACGAGUGCAGGAUCUGCAACAAAUUACUAAACUUGAAGAGAGUAUCAAAAUCGAGCUGAAGGGUUUGAAAGCAAACAGUUGCGCGAAAAUUGCAAGCAUGCAAAAGAUGAUUGCAUCAUGGGAAGAUAUCGAUAAGAGUAUCGAAGCUGCAAUUCAGGCCUUGCAAGCAGAAAGCAAUGCACAGUCCACAGUCACGUACAGUGUGAGAGUGCAUUGUGGUCCCACAGACAACGAUGUAUUCUUCACACUGUUUGGUCAGAAUGGCAACACGGGCAGACAGAAACUGGGCAAGAUGCAUAAAAAAGGAAAUCAAUGGAAUGAGUUUAAACUGCAGUUGAUAGACGUGGGCAGAAUACGGAGAGUGGUAGUGGAGAUCGAAUUUGGAGAGGGAGGAGAGACAGAAUGGUAUCUAUAUCAUUUUAAUGUGACCAAUCUGAGCAGCGGAGAGGAAGCUGUAUUCGCCGCUGGAUGUACUCUGCACAAGAAAAAAGAUGGCUCACCGACCACAAAAGAACUACUGCCGUGGUAA